ACUAUGGAGAUGUUACUGGUUCACCCAGCUAUCAAAGCCUUCAUGUGUGGCUCCCUCAGUGGGACUUGCUCCACUCUGCUGUUCCAACCUCUGGACCUGGUCAAGACCCGCCUGCAGACGCUGCAGAGCGGCGUGCAGCCCGGCUCAGGCAGAGUGGGCAUGGUGUCCGUGCUCCUCAGUGUGGUGCGGACAGAGAGGCUACUGGGACUGUGGAAAGGCGUUUCCCCGUCUUUUGUCCGGACCAUCCCAGGAGUGGGGAUCUACUUCAGCACCUACCAUUCCAUGAAGCAGCACUUCCUGCAGGACCGCAGGCCGGGGGCCAUGCAGGCUGUGCUCCUGGGAGGGGGCGCUCGGACGGUGGCGGGGGUCGUGAUGCUGCCAAUCACGGUCAUCAAGACACGUUUUGAAUGUGGCAGGUACCGCUACGUGAGCGUGUGUGGGGCUCUGCGCAGCGUGUGUCAGACUGAAGGUCCUGCGGCUCUGUUCUCUGGUCUGAUGGCCACUCUCCUCAGAGACGUUCCUUUCUCUGGGAUCUACCUCAUGUUUUACAGCCAGAGCAAAGCCUCGCUGCCACAAGAGAUCAGCGCCUCGCCUUCAGCCCCCCUGGCUAACUUCACCUGUGGGAUCCUGGCUGGUGUUCUGGCCUCUCUGAUCACACAACCCGCCGACGUCGUCAAAACACACGUCCAAGUGAACCCACAGCUGAGGACCACAGAAGCCAUCCGAUCCAUCUAUACGGAGCGUGGACUCCAGGGCUUCUUCAGGGGCGCGGUUCCUCGCUCCCUGAGGAGAACCAUGAUGGCAGCCAUGGCGUGGACCGUGUUCGAGCAGAUGAUGGAGCGCAUCGGCCUCAAGUCCUGAAGAGGAGGGUUGAGAAGAAGCUCGCAAAUCAAAGAAGAUAUGAAGUCAGAGCGAAGAGCUGGGCAGGCGCGCAGACAGGAAGUGCUGCAGUUGCUUUGCUCAAAGGAGCAGCGGCAGCUUUCAGGGACAAACUAACAUUAGUGGUGAGCUCAGAACGCUCGCGCUGCGUGACCGACUCACUCUAC